AACUUUACAUAGAACGUCAAAGUCACUCGAAAAUAUCCUUCUUUUUAGUUGACGUUUGGUAGGUUGAUAUCAGACGAAAUCAAAAUGGUGAACGUACCAAAACAGCGCAGGACGUACUGCAAAAAAUGCAAAGUCCACAAGGUACACAAAGUAUCACAGUACAAAAAGUCCAAGGAAAGACAUGCAGCCCAGGGUAGGAGACGUUAUGACCGUAAACAGCAGGGUUAUGGUGGUCAGUCCAAACCCAUCUUCAAGAAGAAGGCUAAAACCACAAAGAAAAUUGUACUCCGUCUGGAAUGCGCCGACUGCAAGGUGAGGUCACAGGUCGCUCUCAAGCGUUGCAAGCACUUCGAGCUCGGAGGUGACAAGAAGAGGAAGGGACAGAUGAUUCAGUUCUAAACUGCUAAUAAAUAAGAUUCCACACUA